UGGUGCUGGGGAGCGCAGCAACCUAAGGAGGAGGAGCGAGUGGGCAGAAGGGACAGGGCUGGGCAGCGCUCGGUGGUUGGCACUGUUUCGCGCACCCGUUCAAGCGGCAGAUCGCACUCCUUCCAGCAGCUCUCGCUGACCGCGCUAGCUGCCUCUCCUGCACUCCUGCGUCCUGAGCUCAUCUGCAAACGUCCUGGCGUCCACAGCCACCAUGCCUAGCCUUUGGGACCGCUUCUCGUCGUCCUCCUCCUCUUCGUCUUCGUCGUUGUCCCGAACUCCCACCCCAGAUCGGCCGCCCCGCUCGGCCUGGGCGUCGGCGGCCCGAGAAGAGGGUCUCGGCCGUUGUGCGAGCCUGGAGAGCUCGGACUGCGAGUCCCUGGACAGCAGCAACAGUGGCUUCGGGCCCGAGGAAGACCCGGCAUACCUGGAUGGGGUGUCCCUGCCGGACUUCGAGCUGCUCAGCGACCCCGAAGAUGAGCACCUGUGUGCCAACCUGAUGCAGCUGCUGCAGGAGAGCCUGGCCCAGGCGCGCUUGGGCUCCCGGCGCCCCGCGCGCCUGCUGAUGCCCGGCCAGCUGGUGAGCCUGGUGGGCAAAGAACUACUGCGCCUGGCCUACAGCGAGCCGUGCGGCCUGCGGGGGGCGCUGCUGGACGUCUGCGUGGAGCAGGGCAAGAGCUGCCACAGCGUGGGGCAGCUGGCUCUUGACCCCAGCCUGGUGCCCACUUUCCAGCUGACCCUCGUGCUGCGCCUGGACUCACGCCUCUGGCCCAAGAUCCAGGGGCUGUUUAGCUCGGCCAACUCUCCAUUCGUCCCAGGCUUCAGCCAGUCCCUGACACUGAGCACAGGCUUCCGAGUCAUCAAAAAGAAGCUGUAUAGCUCGGAGCAGCUGCUCAUUGAAGAGUGUUGAACCUCGCCUGGGGGCUAGGGGAGGCAACACCUCCCCUUGGCAAAGAAGCCUGAACUUUUGGGGUGGACAGUCAGGAGUUGAGGGACUGCUGCCUGUCGUUGGAAAACUGACAACAGCCACCUGAGGGGAGCAUGGUCAAGGUGGGGGAGCAGUGUUUCCUAGGAUGCUCAAUGGGGUGUGUGCGGGUGGCCCCCCUUUGGAGGCACGCGCCCCUGAGUACUGUAGCAUGAAACAAAGGCUUAGGAGCCAGCCAGGCUUCUGGCCGGAUGUGUAGCAUGUACCUUAUUAUUUUUAUUAUUACUGACAGUUAAGACAACAGUAGACUAACAGGGCCAAGAGAGCAGCUGGGCUGCCCUGGCCUCAGCAAGGGGUGUGUGCUCAUGGUAGCUGGACCUAGCGGGGUGGGGGGUCACCCAGGGUGGUUUCUGUGUCUUCAUGGUCUGAAGGGACCAAGUGUGUUUGUUCUCUGUUUUUGUAUCCUUUGUUUUUCUGAUCAGAACUUCACUACUGACCUGUUCUAGGCAGCUAUCUUACAGACGCAUGAAUGUAAGAGUAGGAAGGGAGUGGGUGUUGGGAUCACUCGGGGUCUUUGACACUUGAAGAAAAACACCUGGGAGCUGCGUUCUGUACCCCACCCUUCCCCCCACCCCAGUUUAUACUGAGGAAUUGAGCUUUGAGGGGUUGGGGCUGAGUGGAGUCGGGGCUGGAACCCUGCCCCCAGAGGAGUGCCAUCUGGGUCUUCCAUCUAGAACUGUUUACAUGAAGAUACUCGCUGUUCAUGAAUACACUUGAUGUUCAAGUAUUAAGACCUAUGCAAUAUUUUUUACUUUUCUAAUAAAAAACAUGUUUGUUAAA